GCCGCAGCCAUGCAGAAAAUUAAGGACUCCGAAAAAAUGAAGAUCUUUGGACUCCAGGCCUUCAGAAAGCACAAGGAGGUGAUCCCUCUUGUCGCGAUCAUCUCAGUGGCCACCCUCGGUUGCAUCGGCUUCAGCAUGUACACGAUGACCAAGCCGGAUGUCCAGUGCAGCAGAAAAGACAAGAUCCCGUCAUGGAUGCGGUACAUGCGCCGACAAGACACAAAAGCUCUACACAACGGACAAAAACUGGAAGCUUGACGAACGGACCGUCGAGGUGGAGAAGCUGCGCAAGGAGAUCGGAUCUACGCACUGAGCCUUCGUGAGGCUCAGCUCGAGCCAUUAUAGCGUCUUACGUUGCGUAGGCUGUGAAUUCAGGCACCUAGCCAAUCUGUGAUCGGGGAAACAGAAAACUUCAGUGGACCGAAGCCUAUAGUUUCAAUUUCCUAUGCGGACAUAUUAAACACCGCUCGAAAAUUGCAUUUCUGGCAUCCCAAAUAGAGGGACAAUAGGGUAGGUGGGGGGGUCAAAUUCAUCCUCGUCACGAAAUGUAUUCUGGUUUAUUCAAUUUAUGGUAAGAAUUUGAUCUGGGCGAGUAUGUUCAUAGCAACAGGAAGGCACAGAGCGACUGAGGCAAGGGACGAAGAACACAGCGCUCGUGUGUGGCGGGUGUUGUUCGUCCCUCAGUGCCUCAGUCGCGCUAUGCCUUCCCGUUGUUAUUCAUUUAUUUCCGAGAUUUUCUGUCUCUGAACACGACGAAAUCCCAUCAACGAGUCAUACGCUUCGCUGUAAAACGAUUUUUGCCGCAUUAGUAGAUCACUCUUCACCAAUUAUAUAUCGCAACUUCUACCGCGAAAAUGCGCGUUGUAAGCGAGAAAAGGUGGGAAAAGAAUGUGGCGACGCCGCCUUGAAGUUCCUGCACCAACCUGCUGUGGUGUCAU